CCUCCCCCACUCUGAGUUCAUUAACUAUUUAAUUUUAAUUCUGUCUCUGUUGUUCCUUUUCUCCUCACCCUUCGAUUUCGCGCAUUCCAGCAGCAACUACUGAGAAAUCUCUUCCUUUUUAACUGCAUUUGUUUUCUGCAGAUCCUCUCGACUGCGGCCUUCAUAUCUCACCUCUAAGGAUGAAGAAGGGUUUUUAUGGAUUGAGGGGUAAAGAGCUAUCUCUCGUAACCAUUGCCUUGAUGUGCGUGGUUAUUAUUAUGUUGACAUGGGAGAAAACUCCACUUCUUAAUACCUUUCCUGCAUCUCAGACUCCGUUGCAGCUAUCUCAAGAUAGUCUGGCAGGUAGACUAGUUAGUAUUUCUCCUUUGGAUCGUGAAUAUGUACCUGCUUCUGAAGAUAAAAGUACUGUAAAUAACCUAGAUGCUCAUAGGGCUUCUUCUUUCAGCUAUUCAAAUGAUGAGGACACGAUAUCUUCUCAGAAUAAAGGAAACCUUAUAGGUUCCAGAGAAGCUACACACCAACAAAUACCAGAACUAAGAGAUGAUGGAAGCUCGGAAAGUCAAAAAGAAAUUAUAGAAGACGACACAAUAGAUGACCAAAUUGUGGAUGAAAAAGAUAAAAUUGUUCCUAUACAGAAAGAGGUUUUAAAACCGAAACCAGAAAAAGCUGACGGAAAAAUAAAGCUGGUAGUAGAAGAAAAUUAUUCAAGACAAGGAGAAGAAAGUGUUGUCUCAAUGUCACCGAUUGUCUACAAUGUCAGCACAAUAGAUAACAAGUUGGAAAGGAAUCAAGCCUGCAAUUAUGCAAAAGGAAAAUGGAUUGUAGAUGAGGAGGAGCCUACGUAUUCUGGAUUUCGCUGCAAGCAAUGGCUCUCUGGCAUGUGGGCGUGUCGUUUGACCCAACGUACAGAUUUUUCCUAUGAAAAGCUUAGAUGGCAGCCUAACAAUUGUGAAAUGGAAAGAUUCAAAGGUUCUGAGUUCUUGAAAAGGAUGCAAGACAAAACCCUAGCUUUUGUUGGAGACUCUUUGGGCCGCCAGCAAUUCCAGUCUCUGAUGUGUAUGGUCACUGGUGGUGAGCAGCAGUAUUUUGAAGAUGUGGGUCAAGAAUACGGCUUGGCCUUGGCUCCUGGUAAUACACGCCCUAAUGGAUGGGCAUAUCGAUUCCCAAGCACCAAUACUACAAUACUCUAUUACUGGUCAGCUAGCCUCUGCAAUGUGGAGCCCUUGGAUGAAAAAGAUCAAAACACCGAUUAUGCCAUGCAUCUUGAUCGACCACCUGCAUUCUUACAGCAGUAUAUUAGUAAAUUUGAUGUGUUGGUUCUAAACACAGGCCACCAUUGGAAUCGUGGAAAGCUCAAGGCUAACCGCUGGGUGAUGCAUGUGAACGGUAAGCCAAACAUCGACAAGAAACUUGCACCGAUUUGGAGUGCCAAGAAUCUCACCAUCUACAGUAUCGUCAACUGGGUGAACUCGCAGCUUCCCAAGUAUCCAGGCUUGAAAGCCUUCUAUCGAACAAUUUCACCAAGGCACUUUGUGGGUGGAGAUUGGAAUACAGGAGGAAGUUGUGACAACACGAGACCUAUGUCAAUAGGCAAGGAAGUAGUGCAAGAAGAAUCAAGUGAUGAGAGUGCUGCAGGUGCAGUGAAGGGGACGGGGGUUAAGCUUUUGGACAUAACAGCCCUCUCACAGCUAAGGGAUGAGGCUCAUAUAUCUAGAUACAGCAUAACAGCCAAAGCCGGGGUUCAAGAUUGCCUCCACUGGUGUCUACCGGGCGUUCCUGAUACAUGGAAUGAAAUUUUGUUUGCGCAAAUUUAGUCACAUGGUUACAGGAUGCGAGCAACAUCAUGAGAAACUGCCAGUGCCUGGUCCGUGAUUACCUACGGUAAUUUAAUUAAUUAACCAUGGAGUUCGCCUAGUUGAUAGUACUGGUGGAAAGCUCGCAUUUUUUACUCGCAUUUUUUACACUGUAUAGACCACAUGAAUUCCUAUGUUGCAAGUAAUUAUGUUUAGACAUAUGAUAAUGAUCGAGAAUGGAUAAAAGGGUUUCAGACGGUUUCAUUUC